AUGAACAUCCCUGAUACAACAAUCAUACCAGCCUGCAACAUCCUCACUGAUCAUCGGCUGGGGAACUGCAUCGUUCACCUUUCUGCACGAGAACGCGAAGACACCUGA